AUGGAGAAAUCUUCGGAGAAAUCUGCAGAGGAGGAUAAGGAUGAGGAUGGAGCUUCUAAAGAGGCAAAAAUCUCUGAAUCUGCUCCCUUCAAAGAGGAAACCAACAAGGCCGACGAGUUAAUCAACCCGGAGAAAAAGGCACUGGACGAAUUCAAGGUUCUAAUCCAGGAGGUGCUCAACAAGCGUGAGUUCUUCGCCCCGCCGCCGCCGCUGCAAGCCGGCCACCACAAGUUUGCGGUCUACCUUAGGUUUACUGUUGCUGAUCCGCGAACUCGAUCUCGGCUACGACUGCUUCCGACGACGACGAGAUCGUCGGUUUUUGCCAGAGACAAAAGAGAAUUGAACGAUGAAAGAGAGAGUUUGGAGAGGGAUAACCGAAAAAAGAGGUAA